UUUCUAUUCGACGAUGGUGGCUCGCACCUGGCAGACUACCCCGGAGGCUGGCGUUUCGCAGACGGCGCAUCCGCAAUGAUUUACAAGUUCGACUAUCCGCCUCAGACGACUAAUCUUACAAUCACCCUGUCCAUGUGGAAUCAGUUUCUCGUCUCGGCAACGUCAGCUCAGCCGGGCUACUACAAGGUCAACUCUAUCUUCCGCGACUACAUCGUCAGCACAGCGGCUCCCUGCAUAUGGCUAGAUAGCAACAGACCGCGGGAAGCAGCGCUGCUUGACAAACUCCUACGCGAGUUCCAGCCCAAUGCGGCGUACCUCGGCUGGUUUCCAAACGGUGAUGAAAUGACCGGUGUCACGCAACUCGCGAGGAACGGCUUAUAUGUAGCCGCCACGGACUUUUACUUCAACCCCACGAUCUUCAGCGGUUUCAAUACUAAAAGUCAGUCUCAGCAGUCUGCGCCGGAUGGGCCACCGUGGCGACCUCCGCCUCCUCCAAAAGGAACACCAAAGGUCUUCUUGUCACUCGUCUACCUCGAAGGCGACAACAUUCAGUAUGACCAGCGCAGCAUGUUUCAACAUUGGAACGACUCCGCGAGGGGAUUAGUCCCGCUUGGGUGGACUAUCAGCCCGUUGCUGCGCGAUAUUGGGCCGGGCAUCCUGUCGUAUUAUCAAAAGACGUCCACGGAAAAUGAUUUGUUGAUUGCCGGGCCCGACGGCGCAGGGUACACGUAUCCCGGGGUCUGGCCUAGACGAGCUCUCUCUAUCUUCUUGAUGCAGAGCGGUGAGUAUAUGCGGGCAACACAGACGGGCGAGGUGUUGUUCAUGUACGACCGCAUCAACGCCACCGAUAACCCGCUCACGCCGGGGCUAACUCUCGACUUUCGUGACGCCGUGGGGAGGAAUAGGCUGCGGGGAAUCUACUACGGGUCCUUUGUUUCCACGGCGGAUGCACUACAGGUUAAUGUCACGGAUGGGUUCCCGGUGACAAACAUGGUAAGUAUUGGGAACGAAGAGAGUGGUGCGGCGACGUUGCGGAAUAUCUCGGAUAAUUGGAGGGGUCGGGGGCCUCUUUUUGUAGCAGGCGCGAUUAGUGCCUUUGAUAUGACGCCGACGAGUAUUGCUAGUAUGGUGAAGAAGUUGGGGGAUGAGUUUGAAGUUGUGAGGCCUGAUAUGUGGUUUGAGCUAUUGAGGAGACGGGAAAGUUGGCCCGGUCUUGGUUAGGGUAGCUUUUCAUUCCCCGGAGGAGUGCCAUGAGACUAUGAGCCUCUUAAUGCCUUAGGAUGGACGAUGGGAACUGAAAGACAUUGUUCGUGCGGGAUAUACGAGCAAGAGAGGGGGUUGCGUUGGCAAAAUCCGGUGGGAGGGUGCUGGCGGGAGAAGCUUAUUGCAUCAGGUUAUUCAUGUUGGGUCGAGGAAUUUGGUAGAUGAUAAGCUGGAAUUUUCCCUCCCCUCAUCAAGGAUCACGAUUUCACUCUUGU